UCAAUAAACCAAUUGCAUUUUUAUGUUGUAGUAAUCUGUGAGGAAAACUACAGCAAUGCUUUUCAAAGUGCAGUACCAAGGAAAGAAGAAGUACAUCAAACUCAAUGGAGCAUCAUAUCCAGCAUUUCUCAGGGAGGCUAAAGAGAAGUUCAGCAUACCCCCUGAGACAAACAUGUAUGUGCUGGAUGACAGUGGAACAGAGGUUGACGAAGAGGUCUUCAGCGACAUCCUGGAGGAAAAAGCAGACAUCCUGUGGACCAUUGUUGAUGUUCUUUCAGUUUCUGACUCUCCGAUCCAAUCCUCGUGCACAGACACCUUGUCACUAUCAUCACCCUCAUCGGACAGUGAUGCUUCUCUGAUGUCCCCAAAAAGACAGCGCAUUGAUGACGCCUUUGUGAUGUCCCCAAAAGGUCUACAUACUGAUGACAGUUCUUCUCAAGCCAAAGAGCUUGUCAAAAGAAUUCUGGAACAAAAGCCUGGAGGGGAGAAAAUCCUUGCAAACUAUGCAAUGACAGGAGAGAUGAAGGACCGAGCACGCCGUGAUCUCGUCAGCAUCGUUGUUGCUGAAAUGUUUGAAAAGUAUGGACGUGCUCCCCCUAUGGAUAAAAGAGCACAGUAUGCAUUGGGGAUAGUAACACUGUUCCCCUCUCUAAAAGAUCCCUACUCCAAAAAAGGCUAUGAACACUUUUUUGACAUAGACAGCAAUGAGGGCUACAUUGCCUGGAAGAUUAAAAACACACAGCGAGAACUCAGCAAUGGCGGUACCAAUGGGGGUAGGAGAAGGAGCUCUCGCACUAUAGGCAGCAGCGGACCAAACUUAGAGAGAGAAGUGACUAAAGUGCAGCAGUUGGAGGGAGACCAGUGUCGUGAGGCCAUAUCUUUACUGAAACACAGCACAGACAACGGACAGAUCUUCAUGAAAAUGAGAGAAACCUUCCAGCACAGGCAAAAGUUGAUCCAUGAUUCUGAGCAAUGCAGCACAGUGCUUACUGUGUUCCCAAGGUUUCUAGACACAAAAGGCCUGGUGACGCAAGACUUUGACCUGUUGUUUGGAGUUGAGACUUCAUCAAAACUCCUUGAGAAAUGGGAUUUCCUGAAAGCCAAAGUAAUACAGCAAGCCAAGAACAUCAGCAAGACACCCCUGCUUGACCACCUUAUCCAGUCUGCAGAGGAGAACACUGAAGAGGAUGACGAGGUCCCAGGUUGGGAUAGUGACAUGGCCUCACUGCUACUGUUGGUCUACCUACUGCCACCACCUCCAAGUGGAAAGAAGGGAGCUGUAAAGAUCAGUACCCGAGAAGCUGUGGACCAUGUAGUCAAAUUUCAUAAGGAGCACUCUGGUCCAAACCAGCAGAGGCAGCCCUACAUCCUGGCAGUUGGGACGUCAAGAAAGCACAUCCACGAGUUCUACAUUGCAUUGGAUGGUCAUCUCAUUCCCUGCAAGGGCAAGUCUUCCCUGUCAGCCUUUGAUGAACUUUUCAAAGCACAUUAUGUUUUCGGCAUCUCCUACGACCAGGCCUUAAAUGGCAUGUACACUGUUUGUGCAGACCACCAUCUACAACAUUGA